UGUCGGUGGGUCUGGGGCUGGCCGGGGCGGCCUGCGCCCUCCUGGGGGUCUGCAUGCUGCUGGUGGGGCCUGUCAUCAUCAAGGAGCAGGUCGUCAAGGCAUAUGACCAAGUUUGGGUUUGUUUUGGCAUACAAGUAGCUUAAUUCCAAGGCUACCCUCUUAAGUAGACCUUGCUUGGCAGCAUCUGUGGAGUACCGCGAGCUGCUGUGCCCAGGUGGGAGAGGGCUGGGGUAAAGGUAGCAGCAGCUCCAGCUGACCGGAAUGUCAGGAUCGACCCCAGCAGCAUCUCCUUCAGCAUGUGGAAGGACAUUCCUGUUCCUUUCUACAUGUCGGUGUACCUCUUCGAAGUGCUGAACCCCAAGGAGACCCUCCAGGGAGCAAAGCCGGUGCUGAACCAGCGUGGACCCUACGUUUACAGAGAGUUCAGGUAUAAAACAAAUAUCACAUUCCAUGACAAUGACACUGUCUCCUUCCUGGAGUACCGCCAACUUUUCUUCCAGCCGGACAUGUCCAAUGGCAGUGAAGAAGAGUACAUCGUUGUGCCAAACAUUUUGAUGAUGGGAGCGGCUGUAAUGAUGGAAAACCUGCCAAACUUCGUGAAGCUUUUACUGAGUGGAGCCCUGGCUGGCCUGAAACAGGAGGCGUUCAUGAACCGGACAGUGAGGGAGGUCCUGUGGGGGUAUGAAGACCCUCUUCUAGACACAAUAAAUGCGAUUGUUCCUGGCCUGAUCCCUUUCAAGGGAAAAUUUGGCUUAUUUGUAGAGUUUAACAACUCCAAUUCGGGACUGUUUACAGUGUACACGGGCAUGAAGAACAUCAGUAGAGUUCACAUGGUGGAUUCAUGGAAUGGACAGAAGAAGGUGAACUACUGGCGGACCAGCGAGUGCAACAUGAUCAACGGGACCGCGGGGGAGAUGUGGCCACCGUUCAUGUCCCCAACGUCACUGGAGUUCUACAGCCCUGAUGCCUGCAGAUCCAUGACACUGGUGUAUGAGCAGUCCGGGAAGUUCGAGGGUGUGCCCACCUACCGCUUCGUGGCACCAAAAACUCUCUUUGCCAACGGCACGGACUAUCCACCCAAUGAAGGCUUCUGCCCCUGCAUGCAGUCCGGCAUCCAGAACGUCAGUACCUGUAGGCUCAAAGCACCAAUGUUCAUUUCCCAUCCUCACUUCUACAAUGCUGACCCAGCCCUGGUGGAUGCCGUCGAAGGCCUUCACCCCAGCAAGGACCAGCACGCGCUCUUCCUGGACGUGCACCCGAUGACGGGCAUCCCCAUGAACUGCUCCAUCAAGCUCCAGCUGAACCAGUACAUAAAGCGUGUGUCUGGUAUAAUUCAAACAGGGAAGAUUAAGCCAGUGGUCCUGCCGCUGCUGUGGUUUGCAGAGAGCGGAUCCAUCGAAGGCGCAGUCCUGAAGCAGUUUUACACCAACCUGGUGCUGCUCCCGUCCCUGCUGGACUACCUGCAGUAUAUCUUCCUUGGGCUGAGUGUCCCGCUCGUUAUCUCAGCAGCUGUGCUCAUGGCAAGGAGUCAGGGAACCGCCACCGAGAAGAGCCCACGCCAUCCCACCAUGCAGAGCAAACCGCCCCCCUCCUCCGAGACCACACCGCUCCUACAUGACACUGUCACACAGAGCCAGGACGACGCUGAAGCCUGAGCCGCUGGCCCCAGCACGCUUCCCACUGGGACAUAUCCGUGCUGGGGACGAGACCUGCUUUGGAUCCCCAGAGCCUUCUGGAAGGUGAAGUCACCCUGGGCAACUCAGCGGGGACCUUGCACGCCAUGGCAAAGCCACGGGACAGAACUGCUGCACUAGCACUCCGGCGCCAGGGCACAGGAGACCGCAUCCAGCCACCCGAAACACAGUGUUCAAGAACCCUUGUCCCCAAGGGGCUGGCAUUGGCCACAGCCCCGCUCUCCCUGUGGGCCAGCAGGAUUGAAGAUGGUCGCUGGGAAGUUAUUUUGCAAUUUAAAACUGCCUGUUGCUAGGAAUAAAAGGCACUUUAAUAGGAGCCUUUAAAAUAAAUGAGGUUUGUAUAUGUAGCACUGAUGGGAUUUAGUGAUCUUUUUAAAAGGCACCGCUCAUUUCAGGCAAACGGAGCUUGCUGUCCUCAAGCCACUUAUGGUUUUAUCGCCACUUGAUGUGACUGGACUACACCGCAAAUCAAUUCUGAGUGCUGUCACUUCAGUGAUGUCUCUCCUAAGGGCUUCCCAGGGUACCUGCAGCCUGCCCGGGGUUGCUCCAGCCUUUGCAUGUGUUGGAGAGCACAGUGGUGACUUUUAAAGCCCCAACUCUGUGCCAUGACCUUGCGUUCCAGUGAUUCCAGUCCAGAGCCCUUUUACUCAGCCUGCUGACUCUCUCCUUGCUUUAGGGUGACUGAGAUGAGCCUUGCCAAAAAACCCGAUGGUACAUCUGACCUGUCACUCAGCUCCUGACAGCUGCCUUCUCAGCCGCCCAGGGUCCGCUCUUCUGGCCGUGCACCGUCGGUGGUGGAGGAGGCCACCGUGUCGCUCCGCCUGUGCUGCCUGAGAGCGGGAAGGGAGCAGGCAGAAGCUCGACCCUCUCCUUGAGCGUCGACCAACAUACUCGUGCUUUUGAGAUGGAGGAAGCUACGUGGGAUCAUGAAAGUAACCAUGGCCUUAGUAAGAUUUGAUGAAACUAUUACAGAUUUCUGAAAUAAAGUCUUGGGGGAUGUGGGGCUGGAUGUUAACUAGGGGGUGGGUGGGCUGGGGUCACUCUUUAGUAGGAAGGAAGCCCCAAGCCCGGGGAUAUCCUCCAGGGAUGGUGAAUCCACCACCUCCCUGGGCAGCCUAUUCCAAUGUUUAAUAACCCUUUCAGUGAAAAAAUGUCUCCUAAUAUCUAAUCUAAACCUCCCCUGACGUAACUUGAACCCGUUUCCCCUCGUCCUAUCGCUUGUCACCAGGGAGAAGAGGUCAGCCCCCAUCUCUCUACAACCUCCUUUCAGGUAGUUGUAGAGGGUGAUAAGGUCUCCCCUCAGCCUCCUCUUCUCCAGGCUAAACAACCCCAGCUCCCUCAGUCGUUCUUCAUAAGGUUUGUCCUCCAGGCCCCUCACCAGCUUUGUAGCCCUUCUUUGGACACACUCCAACACCUCAAUGUCCCUCUUGUAGCGAGGGGUCCAAAACUGAACGCAGUACUCGAGGUGGGGCCUCACCAGUGCCGAGUACAGGGGGAUGAUCACUUCCCUAGUCCCGCUCACCACACUAUUCCUGAUACAACCUCAACAAUUCUAUGAUUCUAUGAUAUUCUUGGCUAACUGCAGAUCAGUAGUUGUCUACCACACUUGCCUUCCCUGCUUCCAACUGGGAAGCGGGGUAUCCCUUAGGAAAGCCAAAAGGGCCGGUGCUGGUGGCUCUGGCAAGGACAGACCAGAGUGGGGGGAGUCUCUGGUCUCUCUUGGACCUGAGGAGCUGUUGGAUGGCUGUGAAAUGGAAACCAUUGCAAUAGUCUAGCACAGCCCUGUGACCUUCUAGUGGUGUAAGCAAUACUUGUCCUCUUGCACCUCCGUCCCUCUUACUAGGCAGGAUGAGCUAAAACUGACACCAGCAGUUCCUGGGCUGGUGCGUUCCUGACUGUCCAUGUCCCCAGUCCUGGGGCUCGGCUGAAGCCGUCUUAUCCCAGAAACAGUUGUGAUAUAGCCCAGGUCACCAAGGGGGAGGGUGGCAGCUACCCAGAACGUGCUCCAUAGCCUGAAACUUGCCUCGAUGCCCAAAGCAUGUCUCGCAGGCAGGAUGGGACCAGCCAAGUCCCAUCUUGUGGCCGGCGCUCCUGGAUUAUUUCUGUGGCAUGAGCCCUCUCGGAGGCCGAUGCUUAAACCACAGCUGUCGUUUCCCUCGGGCCUUGAAUCUGGAACUACCCACCUGCAAACGGGGGCUCACAACCCGCGGCCUCCGCAGGCAGGGACGGGGCAGAGGCAGCGUCCCGCGCAGGGUGCCGCGGCGGCGGCAGCGCCAUGGGCACGGCCCUGGAGGAUGCUCAACCCAUCAGCUCACGCAAAUUAAGACCCAGCUGCAUUUGGCAAAGCUAAUGUAGAAGAUAACUGCCCUUGGGCUCACUUGCUUGAAGCUUUAAUGAUGUACUGGUGCUAAUUGCUGUUGUACAGGUGGAAGCAAAUAAAA